UGCACUGCAAAAUAAACAAUAAUUACAACCACCAACCAAACAACAAAGUAACAGCUAAGGGGGGGGUGGGGGGGAACCCCAACCGAACACUUUAAAUCAAGGACUUUUGGAAAUCAGAGCUCCCAGAAAUUGUACCAGUAAUAAGGAGGGGAAAGAAAAGAGGCGAGAAAUCCAGCGACCAUGGGCCAGCCCGGCUUCCUAGCGUGUACUUUCUGUUCUCUCUCCUUCUUCCCAAGGUAAUUGCAGUCUGCCGAGAGGGAGUUAAAUGGGAUUAAAAGAUCUGUGUAAGCAAAAGGACCCAGAAGAGAAGGAGGAAGGAGUGAGCCGUCCGGGCCAGGGGGUGUCUUUGACACAGCUGAGCCCCUUAGAGAGGCAGAGAGCUGAGCUCCUGGGAAGGAUGUACCCACAAACCGGCCUGACCCCCUUUUUCUGAUGGAUUGCUGCAAAACUUGCCCGAAAGAGACAAUGCACUAAACGUGAUGGAGCCGGAAUCAGAGCCGGUCUCCAGACUCAGAGCUACAGCAGCAGGCAGGGGGGGAUUCUGCUUUCUCUGGACUGUUUUAUGUUUUACCUGGUUCCUGGGAUUCUCACAGGGAAAUUCUGAAGAUGUGGAUGUUCUUCAAAGACUGGGCCUGUCAGGGAAAAGGCCAUCGAGCAGUUGGUCCUCAUCACAUACAGUUCCUCAAGGAGUCAUUCCUUUUAAAUCAGGGGUCAUCUUCACUCAGCGAGCACGUGUCGAAGCGCCGCUCAGCACCAUUCUUCCCGCAGGCUCCAGCACCGACCUGCUCCUGGUGCUGAGCCUCUGCUCCCACCGCAUCAACAAUGCUUUUCUCUUUGCUGUCAAGAGCAAAAAGAGGAAACUGCAGCUGGGCAUCCAGUUUGUGCCUGGGAAGAUCAUAGUCUAUGUGGGCCACAAGCGCUCUGUAUAUUUUGAUUACAAUGUCCACGAUGGCCAAUGGCACAAUCUGGCCAUCAACAUCCGUGGCCAGACAGUCACUUUAUUUACUUCUUGUGGGAAGCGCAGGGUACAUGCGGAUUUGCAUUAUAAAAAGGACGAGGCAUUGGAUCCACACGGAUCUUUCCUCUUCGGGAAGAUAAACCAGCACUCGGUGCAGUUUGAAGGAGCCAUCUGCCAGUUUGAUAUUUAUCCUUCCGCCAAGGCAGCUCAUCAUUACUGUAAAUACCUGAAGAAACAGUGCAGGCAAGCAGAUACCUACCGGCCAAACCUGCCCCCUCUCAUCCCCCUCCUUCCCAGGGAUCCCAAUGCCUCCCCCAGUACCCCACGGCAUACAGAGCCCUCAUUGCAGGGUUUAAGAAACCUGACCACUGCUGCCCCAUCCUUGGAGCUUGGCAGGGUCACUGCACCCCUCAAGGCUCGGGGUUCGGGUACAACCAUCGCGUGGGUAUCAACCCCACCAUCACUGCCAAGACUGACAACCAAAGCCACGAAGGUCACAGUGGCCCCAUCUCCUGUUCCAUCGAGUACUGAAUCACAGCCACCCACUCGUUCGCUCCCUCGGGGCGCGGUGACAACCAUCAGGGUGUCCCAUCCCACCCCCAGCACACGCAUGGAGAAAACUCCCCUUCCCACUGCCAAAAAGGCCCCACCAACAAGCCAGAGCCCUGCCAUGGCCAGGGGGAAGGAGUCCAAGCAAGAGACCAAAAAGAAGAUCAACCAAAACCCAACCGUUGAGCCCUCUAAAGCACCUGGUACUGUAAAGCCAGUGAGGAGGGUGACUGAUAACACAACCAGCAACGUCCAUUUUGUCACCCUAAGACAGAACCCAAGCAGUGGGCCUGUUCCAAAGAAGCACGUGCCGUCCCCCACCAGGAAAGUGGAUCCUAGUAACAUCCCUCUGGUGUACACCAAACCACCCCUGGGGUCUGCCCGUCCCAUCUCCAGAGCCAGGGCACAGGCCCUCAACCUCACAACCCCUGCUGCCACUGAUGUCUAUCAGAUCUUUGACCUCCUCGGACCCACUCCGUUUCCAUUCUUACUGGGAUAUCCAGGAGUGAAAGGAGAGAGAGGACCUCAGGGCCCACCAGGUCUGCCGGGCUUACCAGGACCACCUGGCAAGAGAGGUUCUCGAGGUCCCCCAGGUCCUCACGGAAACCCCGGCUCACCUGGACCCCCCGGCCUGAAAGGUCAGAAAGGUGAUCCUGGGCUGUCGCCUGGAAAAGCUCGCAAUGGACAGAAGGGAGACGUGGGCUUACCUGGUUUGACCGGCUUCCCUGGACCGCCUGGUAGAAAGGGAUAUAAAGGCUACCCUGGACCGCCAGGUCACCCUGGAGACCAGGGCGAACGAGGAGCAGAUGGAAGUCCAGGAGCCAAAGGUUAUCCUGGCAGGCAGGGUUUACCUGGCCCCAUAGGGGAAGCUGGCCCAAAAGGCAGUCGGGGAUACAUUGGUCUCCCAGGAUUAUUUGGGCUACCAGGGGCUGAUGGAGAACGAGGGAUCCCUGGAGUUCCUGGGAAGAGGGGCAAGAUGGGUAGGCCGGGUUUUCCUGGUGAUUUCGGGGAGCGAGGACCUCCAGGCAUCGAUGGGAACCCAGGAGAAUUGGGAGCCCCAGGUCCUCCUGGAGUCCUUGGACUCAUUGGUGACAUGGGCUCUGUUGGACCAAUAGGCUAUGCAGGACCAAAAGGCUUAAAGGGGCUGAUGGGAAACCCUGGAGAACAUGGACUGAAAGGUGAUAAGGGUGAUCAGGGAGGAGCGGGUGUCCCAGGAGAUAUCGGCUUCCAAGGAGACAAGGGCAGCCAGGGUUUGCCUGGGGUCCCUGGGGCACGAGGGAAAGCAGGCCCCUUGGGAAAAGUCGGUGACAAAGGUCCAGUCGGGUUUCCAGGACCGCCUGGCCCUGAGGGCUUCCCAGGUGACAUUGGCCCACCAGGAGAAAACGGUCCUGAAGGCCUGAAGGGAAAGCCAGGAGCACGAGGUUUACCUGGGCAGAGAGGACUGCCUGGACAAGAGGGAGAUGAAGGACCCUUAGGACCACCGGGAGUCCCUGGUCCAGAGGGUCGAUCAGGCCGGAAGGGAUUCCCAGGGAGACCUGGUCCUGAUGGUCCAAAGGGUGAGCCAGGAAACCGUGGCCGACCAGGGAAGGUUGGUGAGCAGGGUCUAAUGGGGUUCAUUGGUCCCGUAGGGGAGCCUGGAAUAGUGGGAGAAAAGGGUGACCGUGGCUCAGUGGGACCCCCAGGCCCUCCAGGAAUCAAGGGGUCGAUGGGGCACCCUGGAACACCAGGAGGAGUGGGGUUUCCUGGGAUCCCUGGACCAACAGGUCCAGCAGGAGUCCGAGGUGCACCAGGGAUGAGAGGGAUGAAAGGCCGCAGGGGUGACAGAGGGCCUGAUGGACCAGUCGGUGAGCCGGGGUCGCGAGGUGUCAAGGGCCGAUCAGGGGAGCCAGGCAAGCAGGGGCCAGAUGGGCUGCAGGGGAAGAUGGGUGAGACCGGAGAGACAGGAGCACGUGGCUUCCCAGGUAUCCAAGGACCUUCUGGACCUCCAGGAGCAAAAGGGGCUCCAGGUGACCCAGGGCCACAGGGACCACAGGGGCCGCCCGGGCCUUUGGGAGACAUCGGGCAUAAGGGUCCGCCUGGCUCAAUAGGACAACCUGGCCCUGCAGGUGAACCUGGCAUGAAGGGUGAUCCUGGCCAGUUGGGAACCCCUGGAGAGCAAGGCCUCAUUGGUCAAAGGGGGGAACCAGGGCUGGAAGGGGACAACGGGGCACCCGGCCCAGACGGUGUCAAGGGAGACAAAGGAGACCAAGGCCUGGAAGGAGAGAAAGGAGAAAAAGGCAACGAAGGACUGAAGGGAAAGGAAGGGCCUCCUGGAUAUCCCGGCAUCACAGGUGUCCGAGGACCAGAAGGGAAACCAGGAAAACAGGGGGAAAAGGGCAAGCCUGGCCAGAAGGGCAGCAAGGGCUACCAGGGGCAGCUCGGCGAGACAGGAGCUCCAGGGAAGGAGGGGCCGAAGGGGAACCAAGGCCCUAAAGGAUCCCGAGGUACCCUGGGACCGAUGGGUGCUCCAGGAAGGAUGGGUACUCAAGGGGAACCUGGCUUAAAGGGUUACCAGGGACACGCAGGACCACCAGGGCCAAUUGGACCACCAGGGCCGAAGGGGGAAAAGGGAGAACAAGGAGAUGAUGGGAAGGUAGAAGGCCCACAGGGACCACCCGGAGACAGAGGUCCUGUUGGUGACAGAGGUGAUCGAGGGGAGCCUGGAGACCCUGGUUAUCCUGGUCAAGAAGGACUUGAUGGAGAAAGAGGAAAACCCGGCCAGCAAGGCUUACCUGGGGAUCCGGGACCACCAGGCCAGCCAGGAGCAAAGGGAUCCAAAGGUGAUGUGGGUCAAAAAGGAAAGCAAGGAGCACGGGGCAAUGCAGGGAGCAGAGGCUCACCGGGCAUCCUUGGCCUACCAGGUCCUCGAGGAGUGGUGGGAAGGCAGGGCCAAGAGGGUGCCCCUGGAGUGGAUGGAGUGCCUGGGAAGGAUGGCGUGCCUGGAAUGCUGGGAGAGCAGGGCGAUGAUGGGGAGCAAGGCGUGACAGGGAUGUCGGGCAAAAGAGGCAACCCUGGCAUACCAGGACUCCCCGGGGCACAGGGACCACCAGGAUUCAAGGGUGAAAGAGGAUUGCCUGGACAGAGCGGCCAAAGAGGGAAGCGAGGAUCAUCGGGAGGAACAGGCCUUCCAGGGAGCCCUGGCGAUCCAGGACCCAAAGGACAACCGGGGGACUUUGGUGAGGCAGGAUUUCCAGGGAUUGCAGGCAUGUUUGGGCCAAAGGGCCCCCCAGGAGACCUCGGUUUCAAAGGCAUUCAGGGACCCCGUGGGCCUCCUGGUCUCAUGGGAAAGGAAGGCAUUAUUGGUCCUCUUGGCAUUCAGGGUCCCAGGGGAAGCCCAGGGCCCAAGGGAGACAAAGGCAGCCGUGGAGACAUGGGUCUGCAAGGUCCAAGGGGUCCUCCAGGCCCACGAGGACACCCUGGCCCUCCGGGACCGCCAGGAAUUCCGGCCUCGUUUCAACAAGACAGCUUUGGGGCAGCUUUCCAGACACUGAUCGACUCGAACACCGCACUCAAGACAGAGGGUUACCAACAUCCAGACUUCCUCAUGCUGGACCACGGAGGGGAGAUCUUUAAGACACUACACUACCUCAGCAACCUCAUUCAGAGCAUCAAGAGACCCCUGGGAACCAAGGAAAACCCCGCACGCAUCUGUCGAGACCUCAUGAACUGUGAACAGAAGAUGAACGAUGGUACCUACUGGAUAGACCCAAACCUCGGCUGUUCCUCGGACACCAUUCAGGUCACCUGUAACUUCACCAGUGGUGGGCAGACGUGUCUCAGCCCCAUCACCGUCUCCAAGCUGGAUUUCGACGUCGGCAGGGUGCAGAUGAACUUCCUGCGGCUCCUGAGCUCGGAGGCGGUGCAGCACAUCACCAUCCACUGCCUCAACGCCUCCGUCUGGCACGACGGCUCCUCCUCGGAGCCUACGGAUAGCGCCGUGCGCUUCCGGGCCUGGAAUGGGCAGGUGUUUGAGGCACGGGGGCAGCUCAGGCCGGAGGUGGCAGCGGAUGACUGCAGGAUCAAGGAUGGACGCUGGCAUCGGACUCUCUUUUCCUUUCGGACACAGGACCCUCAGCAGCUGCCUAUUGUCAACAUCUACAACCUCCCUCCAUCCGAGCCAGGAAAGCAAUAUCACCUCGAGGUCGGCCCCGUGUGCUUCCUUUGAACAAAGCCACAGAAACCUGGAUCCAAGGCUUUGACCCCACGUUUGGCCUAAGCCUUUACACAGGCUCUCCCACCUCUCUGCAGCAAGGACAGCGGGGCUGUGUCUUUCGGGUCAACUCUUGCUCUUAGCCUUUGGCUCAAGGUCUCAAAGAACCCGUGAUCUACUGAACUCAGCAGGUUGUUGGAAGGAGGAGUAACAAGGGCGAAGGGGAAGCGGGUAUCAGUCGGGAUGCGAAGACGAAAAGGGAUCCAGAUGUUGCCAGCGGUUCCACACACAAAGCUUUUUCCAUGACCAAAGAAAACAGAGAGAAACCUCAAGCAGCUCGCAGUGUGGGUUGUUUUGGGGGUUCCCCCCACCCUAAACCCCAUUUGUUUUCCCUGGUUCCUGAGUUACCAAAUGUUCUUGCCAUUGAAAAGUGAUUAAAAGGAUAGAGCUUCCCUCUCAGAGCUUGUCGCCUUCUGGAUGGCCACGUGCUGCAUCAGGUCUCCCAGGCGGAGCUGCGAGUUGAAUCUGGCUGCUCUGUGUACCGGAAGCAUUUUGAUGUGCAAUAUUAGAAAGAAACAAAAUAUAUAUAUUAUAUUAUUUAAAGCAAAAAAAAAAAAAAAAGAAGAAAAAGAAAAGAGAAAAAAAAAUAUA